ACAAUCUGUAGCUCUGUGGCACGGCGCCUAUAAGUUGAGGUUUCCUGUCGCAGCCUUGCGGGGGACGAAAGGCAAGCCGACUGACUAGAGAAUCAAAUCCACACUUUAAGCCUUGAAGCAUUCUAAAAAGGUUUUGAAUAUUAUUCCAGCGACUCGCGAGAGCCACUGCGAUUCUAGACCACCAUGUCUCCUCCGCCACAUGUUCCAGACGCCCAGGAUGACUUGGCUCGCCCGAGCAGCUCGGGUUCCAUGCGCCGAUUAGGCAGUAUGGGGAGGCGACGGACACAGCCCCCGGAGUCGGCGUUGCGCAAGAAUACAAAUUUCGCCAAGCUCGCGCGGCAGUCGACAGAGGCCAGCCUACUGCCGAAGGGGCCAAAACCGGUGCGGAAUACAUGCGAUGCGUAUGACUUGCCUUGGGAGACGCUUAGGGAUUAUUUGGUGGGGAAGUUCCCAGAGUAUAUGGUUAAGAUAACAUUAGAAAAGGACCUUUAUAUCUUUAAUUUGCCUGAGUUAUUGACGACGGAAGACCACAAAGCCAUCGACAGAUUACGCGACAAUAACAACAACACCGCCAACAAGGAGGUCGUCGAGGAGCGGCUAUCCCAAUCACCAGAGCCCGGGGAACCAUGAGAAGAGUGCUGUUGGGAGUUGGUUAUCUAGGACUUAU